GGAGCAAUUUCUGCUGGUGUAGGAGCGCCUAGGACGGACACCGAAGAAGUCAGUCUUGACUGUGAACAAUAUGAAAGUCAGCUGGAAGAAAAAUUAUAACAUUACGGGGUCUUUUGAGAAUGCAAGUUCCAGCUCUACAUUGCCUAGAACAUCAGCGGCGUCUUCUAUAGUGCGCAGACCUGUAAAAGAGGCAUCCUUGAAAAACCAAAAACAAAAGGAAAAAUUACCAGAAACAAAUGAAACUAGACACCUUAGUACACAAGAACUUCAACGAUUGGUACUUUUGGAACAACUGCAAGUCUUUAGGCUUGCAAAGGAAAUACUACUCCAGAAAAAACAAGAUAAGGAUAGCCGGCAGGAUAAUUGCGAUAGUCAAGGAGAAAACAGAGUGUUUCCAUCUGUGCUCAAGAAAGCAAUAGUUGUACCAAUUCAUAAAAAGGAUAACUCUCGCCUUAUCUUUAACUUCAGAGGAAAAUGCUUCUACUUCAUCCAUAAAAUGUACCCUGGAUAUUCAUUAGGACCAAAUGAGGAAUACAAAAAGAAGAAAUGA